AUGCAGACUGCUUCUAAAAACAUUUGUGAAAGACUGUGCAAUAAGUCCAUCUGUGAAAUUUCCUUGCUACUAAAUAUUCUAAGUCAACUGUUAUUUUGGUAUACAAAGUGCAAGCAACUGGGAACAACAGCAGCUCAGCCACGAAGUGACAGAAUGGGGUCAGCGCAUGCUGAAAUGCACAGUGCGCAGAAUUCGCCAACUGUCUGCAGAGCCAAUAACUAAAGACCUCCAAACUUCAUGUGGCCUUCAGAUUAGCACAGCAACA